GCAGCGAGCGCCGGGUGCGGCGCUGCGCCGCCGCCGGGAUGUGACCUUCACCGCCGCCUGGCCAGGAUGACCGGAGCCCCUGUCUCGCGGCGUCCGCGGCUCGCUUCAGCCUCCCGGGUGCUUUGACUGCACGUUCCCGGCUGCCGGGCUCCCCGGCCCGGGCCUCGCCAUGCCGCCACCGCCCGGGCCCGCCGCCGCCCUGGGCACUGCGCUUCUGCUGCUCCUGCUGGCCUCCGAGUCUUCCCACACUGUGCUGCUGCGGGCACGAGAAGCGGCGCAGUUCCUGCGGCCCAGGCAGCGCCGCGCCUACCAAGUCUUUGAGGAAGCCAAGCAGGGCCACCUGGAACGGGAGUGCGUGGAGGAGGUGUGCACCAAGGAGGAGGCCAGAGAGGUGUUCGAGAAUGACCCCGAGACGGACUAUUUCUAUCCAAGAUACCAAGAAUGCUUGAGGAAAUAUGGCAAGCCUGAAGAUAAAAACCCAAAUUUUGCCCCUUGCGUUCAGAACUUGCCUGACCAGUGCACCCCAAACCCUUGUGAUAGGAAGGGUUCUCAGCUCUGCCAAGACCUCAUGGGCAACUUCUUCUGCCUAUGCAAAGCUGGCUGGGAAGGCCGCCUCUGUAACAAAGAUGUCAAUGAGUGUGGCCAGAAGAACGGGGGCUGCAGCCAGGUCUGCCACAACAAGCCAGGAAGCUUCCAAUGUGCCUGCCAUAGUGGCUUCUCGCUUGCCCCAGACGGCAGGAACUGCCAAGAUGUAGACGAGUGCGCAGACGCAGACACCUGUGGGGAUGCACGCUGCAAGAACCUGCCGGGGUCCUACUCCUGCCUCUGUGACAAGGGAUACAUGUACAGCUCCCAGGAGAAGAUGUGCCAAGAUGUGGACGAGUGUCAGCAGGGACGCUGCGAACAAACCUGUGUCAACUCCCCAGGCAGCUAUACCUGCCACUGUGAUGGGCGCGGGGGCCUAAAGCUGUCCCCAGACAUGGAUACUUGCGAGGACAUCUUACCGUGUGUGCCCUUCACCAUGGCCAAGAGCGUGAAGUCCUUGUACCUGGGCCGCAUGUUCAGCGGCACCCCAGUGAUCAGACUACGCUUUAAGAGGCUUCAGCCCACCAGGCUGCUGGCUGAGUUUGACUUCCGAACUUUUGAUCCUGAAGGAGUCCUCUUCUUCGCUGGCGGCCGUUCAGAUAGCACAUGGAUCGUCCUGGGGCUGCGGGCUGGGCGGCUUGAGUUGCAGCUGCGGUACAACGGUGUUGGGAGGAUCACCAGCAGCGGGCCCAUUAUCAACCAUGGCAUGUGGCAGACGAUCUCUGUGGAGGAGCUGGAACGCAACCUUGUAAUCAAGGUCAACAAAGAUGCCGUGAUGAAGAUUGCCGUGGCUGGUGAGCUCUUCCAGCUGGAGAGAGGCCUGUAUCACCUGAAUCUCACCGUCGGUGGCAUUCCCUUUAAGGAGCAUGACCUCGUCCAGCCCAUUAACCCUCGCCUGGACGGGUGCAUGAGGAGCUGGAACUGGCUGAAUGGGGAAGACAGCGCCAUCCAGGAAACGGUAAAGGCAAACACCAAGAUGCAGUGCUUCUCUGUGACCGAGAGGGGCUCCUUCUUCCCUGGGGGUGCAUCCGCCUUCUACAGCCUCAACUACACCCGGACAUCACUGGAUGUCGGCACGGAGACCACCUGGGAAGUAGAAAUUGUGGCCCGGAUUCGCCCUGCCACUGACACGGGGGUGCUGCUAGCACUGGUGGGUGACAACCACGUCGUCCCCCUCUCUGUGGCCCUGGUCGACUACCACUCUACAAAGAAGCUCAAGAAACAGCUGGUGGUCCUGGCAGUGGAGGACGUUGCCCUGGCAUUGAUGGAAAUCAAAGUGUGCGACAGCCAGGAACACGUAGUCACUGUCUCCCUUCGGGACGAUGAGGCCACCCUGGAAGUGGACGGUACCAAGGGCCAGAGUGAAGUGAGUGCUGCCCAGCUACAGGAGAGACUGGACACACUAGGGAAACAUCUGCAAGGCACUGUACUCACCUUUGUUGGAGGCCUGCCAGAUGUUCCAGUCACUUCUGCACCUGUCACAGCAUUCUACCGGGGAUGCAUGACCCUGGAGGUAAACCAGAAGACCCUGGACCUGGAUGAGGCCUCCUACAAGCACAGUGACAUCACCUCACACUCCUGCCCGCCUGUGGAACAUGCCACACUCUAGAUCAAGCUGCUCUAGUACCCAUGCACAAGAGGCCUUUGCACCUUCCUGCAGACAAAGGGGAGCAGAGGUAUGGACACACAGCACUGGCUCCUCUUGAGCAAGUCCUCCAACACUGGAGUGGGUGGGCUACUGCCCUCGUGGCUGGUUUUUCUUGAGAGAUUUCUUUGCCUUGUAACAUAUCUGUACAUAAUGGGACUGGUUUCAGGUCAGCAGCUGCUCAGAGAGCCCCUUGGCCUGGUGGGAGCUGGCUGGCGAGGGUGGGGCUGGAGGGCCAGCAGUUUGCAGCUGAGUGGAUUUGAAGAAAAUAAUUCUGUUAUUUUUAUUACCACAUGCUUCUUUCUGAUUCUGAAAUAUGGGAAAUAAAAUAUUUACAGAAACCUUUUUAA